AUGUCCCCGCUGGAGGACAGCUUCGGCCAUACGCCAAAAGUCCACCUUCUCCCAGACAAGCUCGAGGGCUUCACUGGUAUCCAGAGUCACGAACCAGGCAGUCUCGACAUCACUAGUCCCCAGCGUAUCGUCGACGGAUGCGAUGAUUCUUCUGCCGACUGUGAGAGGAUCUUCGAAUAUAACGAAGAAGGCCCCUACAAGCAGCCAUCACUCCAUGACGUGGAACAGUUUCCAUUAUGGACCAUGAUCAUUCGCACAUCUCCCCUUGUCAGUGGCGUCUCGCCGAUACCCAUCAGCGUGUCGGGACCACAGUGUGAGAAUGGCAUUAGACAAACUGCUCCAUCACCGGGCGCCGUUGGCAAGCACGAAAACCCCAUGACACACCUCGAUCGCCUGCAACUAGAUUCUGAUGGGAGUGCUACCGCCGAGACCUUUCAGUACCAGUCUGCCCAUGAACCCCCUACCUGUGCCCAAUCUCGGGUCCCAUUCAAGGCGGAAGACAACCCAUUCUUCUAUUCGCCAGGCCAGCUCAACAAAAUGUUCAACCCAAAGAGCCUGACGGCCUUCUAUGCUCUCGGCGGAUUCCGAGGUAUUGCAAAGGGCCUCAAGACUGACUUGCGCUUUGGUCUCAGCGACGAAGAUGUCAACAUCCAGAGCCCUGUCGGCGUACAUGAAGCCUCUGGGAAAGCAAAAAGUAAUCUGGGGCAAGGCUACACCAACUCCGACGACUUGCAGUGUUGCAGGAGAGUAUUCGGGGAAACCAGACGGUUGCCGCCGGAAGAGAAACUGCCGUUGAAGUUUAUGCGGAUGGUGCCGAGCGAUAAGGCGCUGAUACCUGUCACAAUUAUUGCGGCAAUAACCUUCGGAAUCGCCCCCUACCUCUUGCAACCGUUUGCCGCGAGCACUGGAGGGACUCUGACGUUCGAAUGGGGCAAACAUGUCGCCAUCAUGGCCGCAGUGCUCAUCGUCAUGGCUAUCGGUGCCCUCGAAUGCCAGUUCCGCGAGUGGAGCCGCAAAAGGAAUGAUAGCGAGAUCAAAGUCAUCCGAUCUGGAAAGCACACACUGAUUCCAGUUUACGACAUACUUGUCGGCGACGUUCUUACAUUGGAGCCUUACGAUCUGGUCCCGGUUGACGGGAUCUUCAUCGAUGGAUACAACGUCAUAUGCGGCGAAUCCUGGGCUACCGGCAAGUCAGACUUUAUGAAGAAAAUACCGGGCAAGAUAUUGGGCAACCAUGGUGAAGACACAGCGAUGGCCUACCUCGACCACUCCAUCAUAUCAGGAAGCAGGGUCCUCCAAGGCACUUGCACAGUCCUCGUGACGGCUGUCGGCCAACGGUCAGAUAUUAGACGGAUCAUGAUGUCUGUGAGGGAUGAUGAGAGUGCCGACACGCGUGCCUUGGCCCGGUUCAUGUUCAUGGCUAGCCAGCUAAGUAACUCCCUCUGUAUCACCCUCGCCCUCGAUACCAACCUUCUGCCUGAGAUCUCGAGAAGGAUCAACUGCUGUGUUGUCAGCUUGCUCUUUGUCUCAGUUCUCAAUCUCGUCCGUUUCUGCAUCGAUAUGUUUCAAUCUGAGACUAUCUUUGACACGGAUGCUGUUAAACCGUCAUUCUUCCUCCUACACACCAACACCAACUGUGAUACGAGCUUCAGGUUGGACCAGUCUCUCGCCACAAAUUUCCCGGAAGGGGCCAUCACUGAGUCAGAUACAUUGUCGAUACUGGCGGACUCCAUGCGGCACGGCCCCGCUUCUAUGGGUACGGAAUGGACUGGUAUUGGCUCAAAACCAACAAAUUCGAGUCCGGCCAGGCAACAUCGAAGUCGUUCUUCUUUCAAACCAAGGCUCGCCGUAGGAAUAUUCCUCGCAUGUUAUGGUUUGCCGUUAACGGCCGCCGCUGUCAGAGUUGCUCGGGGCCUGCGCAUCGCCUCAGGGUUCACAUCCACCGUUUCAGGGGUCACCGUAAUCCCUCUUCGCACUUCAGAGGGCUUUCCAGUCUGGUCAUGGGAACUGACGUACGGUGUUUGGGCCACCGCUUUCUCGGUAUACCUCUGGCAGCAAACUCGGCGCAUCCCGCGCAACGCCAACCACCGGAGGCAACUCUACUUGUUCUGCGUUAUUAUGGCGGCCGGGCACUUCACUACGGCUAUGUCUCAGGCUUCAGGGGCGCCCCCCUUACCAGACACCUUUACCUUGUACGGCCCGAUCGUCCUGACAUUCUGUGCCUAUUCCUUUUUCCUAGUCUAUGAAGCCGUCUUCCAUGAAGUCCCAAAGGGCGCCGAACCUUUUGAUAGAGAAGCUUCUCCAACUCCUGACGGCAACAGCGUGGCCACCGUUACCUUAGGCAGACAGCCCGACCAGACGGCCCUCGCUAUCAGUGUCGCCGCUAUGGUUGGGGUUCCUCCAGAGGUAGCAUCGUCCUAA